ACUCUUCCUCUCAUCAACACAAGCAUCAAUCAGCCUUGAGCUCAGUUCAUUCACAACCACAAAGUCUGUGCUCUACACUCGACUACUAGCUACUACUCUUCAGUCAUCACCUAGUUCAGAAUCAACAGAUCAGUCAGCGCUGCUGUCUCCACCAGCAUAGAGAGGGAUCAUGGCUGGUGCGGCUAAGGCGUCUUGGAUGGUGGCGAUGAGCGUCGGUGCAGUGGAGGCGCUUAAGGACCAUGCUGGGCUCUGCCGCUGGAACUACGCCCUCAGGUCCAUCCACCGGGCCGCCAAGGCCAGGGCCAACGUCCGCGGCGGCGUCACGCAGGGCGGCAAGCGGCUUCCGGCCUCUGCGGCGGCGGUGGCCGAGAAGGAGCGAGCGCAGAAGGCCGAGGAAGGGCUGAGGACGGUGAUGUACCUCAGCUGCUGGGGUCCCAAUUAGAAGCUGCCUACUUGGUAGUACUAGCUAGGCGUCUCUGUGUUUGGUACUAUGGCCUGAAACCACGAUGCAGAAACUUGGUACUAGCUGGCUUCCCUUGUAAAAACUAGGAUGAUGAUGAUGACAAAUUUCUGUUACUUCAGUUCA